AUGGCCAGUUCCUCCUCCAUCCAACACAAUGACAACAACAGUGACAACAACAUUAUGAGAAAGCGGUUGAUCCUUCCCAUUCUUUCUCGUCGAGAAGAAGAACAGCAGAUCCGAGACGCUUGGGAUUAUAUCCAUGAAGGAGUGAGGGUGGUAUUCCUGGUGGGGAAAUCCGGUACGGGCAAGACUACGGCUGUGACACAGGCGCUCCAUGCCGCCAAGGCUGGGAGUGGAGCACGGUUUCAAUCCCUCCAGGCAUCGACCAAGUUUGAUCAGAAACGAGCUUGUGCUCCUCUGAAGGGGUUGCGACAGUUGGUAUCCUCACUGGUAGUGGCGGCGACUCGUACGUGUGGACGAACGCUGAGGGACAAGCUGAGUCAUGAGCAGUACAAGACCUUGCAGAGCUUCAUGAUGCCCAUGCAACGACAGAAUACCCAACGAAUGCUCUUCUCUUCUUCGCCAUCUAAACGCCGUUUCAGUGCCCCACGACGAUUCUCUGCCUUUCUCAAACAAUAUACGGCACAGGAGUUGAGUGAUAGUGAUGGGGAUUCCAUUGCAUCCAACGAAGAUCACGAAGAUCAUGAACGAACCGAAACUACGGAAGAUCUGGAUGAUGCCUCGAUUCGUUCCAGAAAUAAUGAAGUCAACAAAGACAGCCGUACCUUGCUCACAACGACACUCAGAGCAACCUUGAGGGCGAUCUCCAGUGUCAGCUCGGUCAUCUUGACCCUGGACGACCUUCAUUGGAGCUGCAAGACGACCAUGGAAGUCCUGCAAAAGAUUGUCACGGAUCCUCAACUCAAAAACGUCCUGGUCUGUGCUACCUUCCGCACGGACGAACCCACCGCGACCGAGGGAUUCUACGAGUGGGCCGACGAGUUGCCCAUGAACUUGACCGUGCCGGCUGAAGCCCAUACCAUCAACUUUGACAAUCUCCAACUGACCGCCGUCCAAGAAUUGCUGGCAGAAGCCUUGAACAAGGACGAUGUUGCCGGCUUGGCAGAGACCGUCUUCAACUUUACGCACGGUAACCUCUUCUUUAUCAAACACUUUAUGGAACGUCUCCAAGAGGAUGACCUCCUGACAUUUGACAUGUUUCGCCAUCAGUGGGUUUGGGAUGUGCGGGACAUUCAACGGCAAGGAUCACUGACGGACAAUGUGGUGCAAAUCUUGGCGGCUCGCAUUCACAAGCUGUCCAAACCAGUGCAAAACGUACUGCUGUUGGCAUCGUGUUCUGGAAACCAGUUUGAUGUGCGGGCUCUCGAAGCAACAAAGUCGGCGCUGGGAGUCGACUCGGCCUACCAACGGAUUGCCCAAGCCGAGGAACAUGAACUCGUCAUGUCCAUCAAUAGCGCAGAGGGUGGAACACACUACAAGUUUGCACACGACAUGAUUCAAAUGGCAGCCUGGGGCAUGUUCCCUGAAGGGACGGAUAUGGCGCAAAUUCAUUGGGAUAUUGGGUGCCUACUGAUGCAAGAGGAAGAGUUGUUGCAAUGCGACUGCAUUUUGUUCUCUACCGUCGAUCACUUGAACAUGAAAGGUCCCAACAUUAACGCAGAGCCUGAUCUCAACCACAACGGCGACGAAGCGAGUCUUCGCUUCCAACUGGACAAUGUCAACAUCCGCAUCCAGCUUGCUCAUCUCAACUACCGGGCCGGGUGUCAGGCAUCGGCCCUCUCGGCCUUUGGACCCGCGGCACGGUACAUUCAAGCGGGGAUUGCCAGUCUGGGAGACAGGCCCUUUGAAUGCUCGUACGACCUCGCCUACAAACUCUUUACCAUGGCUGCCAAAACGGAGUGUGUCGGAGGCAACUUGGAUGCCAGUCAAGAGGCUGCUCAACAAGUGCUGGACCAUGCCAAGACAUACGAAGAGAAGCUACCGUUGGUCAGUAUUCUUUUUAACUGUUACCAGGCUCGAAGUAACCCACCUAAACUGCUUGAGUUUGCCUUGGCAACGCUGCAACAGUUGGGAGAAAACGUCGAGGAGAACCCAAGCAAAGUCAAGGUAGAGUGGGAGUACAGAAAGAUGAGGUUUCAUGCCAAGCGAUUGUCCGAUGAAAAGAUUCUCAAGCUCCCGCCAAUGACGGACUACAAAAAGGAAACCAUCCUUCAGAUCAUGUACAAGCUCAUCUUCCCCCUGUACCAGAUGGAGAAGCAAAGACUGUGCACAUACCUCACUUGUCGCAUGGUCAGCAUCACGCUCAAGCAUGGCUUGUCAAAGUCUCUGGCACCACAUUUCUUUGUCAUGGCCGCUACGUGCAUCAUCAGUCAAAACCAAGACAUUGAGGAAGGAUAUCGUCUGGGCCGACUUGCUGAAAAGGUCAUUGCGAAGCAAGGGGGAGUCGACCCAAAUUAUGGCACAGUGCUGUGCUACCUUGGUCAUCUCAACAAAUGGUGGAAAGAGCCUGUGCAUUAUUCCUUGGAAAAGUUCAUUGAGUGCAACCAGCUCUCCAUGAAAUCGGGGAAUGUGAGUAACGCCUUCCAGUCCACUGUGGGUUAUGCAGUCAACUACUUCUAUUCUGGUCUCCCCCUGGGUCCACUGCUGCAAGACAUGGAACUGUUCGGCAAGCUCUAUCUGGAAUACAACCAGAUCAUGUUCUUCUUGCUUGCAUCACCGCUUUGGCAAUGUCUGCUAAACUUGACGGGAAAGUCGGCAGAUCCAAGCACCAUGGAAACGGGUACUGUGAUGGAGCGUCGCAAAGCCUUCCCGGCACACAAAAAGUGCGGUGUUCAAUCCAUCCAUUCCUUUCAGAUGAUCAUAUCCUACUACAGGGGCGAUCUGGAGAAGGCAACAGAAAUGUCAGAGAAGCUGGCCGACUGCAAACCCGGCAUCAUGGGAGCUUCCUUUUGGUAUGCAUCUCGGCUUUACCACGUGGCCCUUAUUGCCAUUGCCAAUUGCCGCAAGUCUCCAACGCGCAAGGGACGACAAGAGGCAGAGAAGCAAGUGAAGCACUUCAAAAAGCUGGUCAAGAAGGGCGCCAUCAAUCUUCUUCAUAAACUUCAGUUGCUUCAAGCCGAACUGAUGACAGUUGAUGUCAACCCAAACAAGCCCAAGGAGGUGGACGCAGUCAUGGCAAUGUACGACUCUGCCAUUGUGAGUGCCACACGAGCAGGCUUCCUGCAGGACGCGGCUCUGGCAAAUUAUCUUUGUUUCCAGUUUUGCGACACGCACAAGGUGCGAAUACACUUGAGAGAGCUCUACUUGAAACGGUCCGUGGAGCAUUGGAUUGACUGGGGAGGAUUCGAUGUGGCGGAUUCGAUAUUGGAACGUCAUGGAGGAGACUACCAGUCGACAUGCGUUUCGGUCCGGGAAAUGAAAGAUUCUAGUUGCUUGAACAUGAGCAAUUCUCUUCGUGGCCGUUCGAGGUUUGACGAUGCAUUGGCUAUGCAGCACAAGGAGCUCCGAGUGUCCGCUCAAUAG